AUGGCGAAAGAAAAACAACAAGAGAAUGAAAAUUCCGGAGGAAUCCAAGUCCAAGGCAUGCAAUUCUCAUACGACGGACUACAACAACUACCGCCGCUUUUCCUCGAUUUUAACCUCCACGUCUCUCCUGGAUCUCGGUGCCUCCUCGUCGGUGCCAACGGAUCCGGGAAGACGACUUUGCUGAAGAUUUUGGCUGGGAAACAUAUGGUUGGAGGAAAAGACGUUGUGCGUGUGUUGAAUUGUUCCGCUUUUCAUGAUACGCAGCUUGUUUGUAGUGGAGAUCUUGCUUAUUUGGGUGGAUCUUGGAGUAAAAACGUUGGCUGCGCUGGAGACAUUCCACUCCAGGGAGACUUCUCUGCAGAGCAUAUGAUAUUUGGUGUAGAAGGCAUUGAUCCAGAUAGGAGAGACAAGUUGAUUGAGCUGCUUGAUAUUGAUCUGCAGUGGCGAAUGCAUAAGGUUUCUGAUGGGCAGCGGCGUAGAGUGCAGAUCUGUCUGGGUCUUCUUCAUCCAUAUAAGGUCCUCUUACUGGAUGAGGUUACAGUUGACCUGGAUGUUGUUACCCGAAUGGAUUUAUUGGAAUUCUUCAAGGAAGAAUGUGAGCAGAGAGAAGCUACAAUUGUAUAUGCAACUCACAUUUUUGAUGGACUAGAGACAUGGGCAACUCAUUUGGCAUACAUACAAGAAGGUGAACUGAGAAAAGCAGAAAAAAUAUCAGAUGUUAAUGAGUUGAAGUCUUCAACUAAUCUACUAUCUGUUGUUGAGUCCUGGCUCCGUGCUGAAACAAAGAUUGAAAAGAAGAAACCCGUCAACAAUACAUCUAAUGCUCAAGGGAAUUCAUUCGCGAGCUCUCCAUUCUUUUCAUCCAGACACAUGGCAUAUUAUCGAUAG